GUGUCACUUCUGUGUCUUUGAUACCCUACUAUAUUGGAAUUGGAUAUUUGUCGUUGUUCUUGAAGUGAUUAGGAAAUAGGAAUUUUACACUUCGCUACGCCUACUCAUAUUGCUUUAUACGUAUAUAAAUAUUCUGAAUUACAGAUAAAUAAAAGGAAAAAAAUCAUAUUGGUAAAAGUAAAGAAGUAAAGAGUUAAAACUGCGUUUAAUUGAAAUCAACAAAGUUUGAGUUUCCUUUAUUGUUUGAACCUUAGCCAACACCAUUACUACUAUGAAGAAAAAGGUACUGUUAAUGGGGAAGAGUGGCUCGGGGAAAACGAGCAUGAGAUCCAUAAUUUUUGCCAACUACAUAGCCAGGGACACUAGACGAUUGGGUGCCACAAUUGAUGUUGAACACUCACAUGUCAGAUUUCUUGGCAAUUUAGUGCUUAACUUAUGGGAUUGCGGAGGACAGGAGGCAUUUAUGGAAAACUAUUUUGCAUCUCAGCGAGACAAUAUUUUCCGGAAUGUUGAAGUUCUCAUUUAUGUAUUUGAUGUGGAGAGUAGAGAAAUGGAGAAGGACAUGCAUUAUUACCAAUCAUGCUUGGAAGCUAUUUUACAGAACUCUCCAGAAGCGAGAAUAUUCUGUCUUGUACACAAAAUGGAUCUUGUAGCAGAAGAAAGAAGAGAAGAAAUAUUUAAAGAAAGGGAAGAAGAUUUAAAAGGUCUUUCAAAACCACUUGAAUGCACAUGUUUCAGAACUAGUAUAUGGGAUGAAACUUUAUACAAAGCGUGGUCCAGCAUUGUGUACAAGCUAAUACCUAAUGUAAAAGCAUUAGAAUCAUCUUUGAAGCAAUUUGCUGCUAUUGUUGAUGCAGACGAAGUGCUGCUGUUUGAGCGCGCGACGUUCCUGGUGGUGUCGCACUGCCAGCGGCGGCAACACCGCGACGCGCACCGCUUCGAGAAGGUCUCCAACAUUGUGAAGCAGUUUAAGCUCUCCUGCUCCAAGCUCGCCGCGCAGUUCCAGAGCAUGGAGGUACGGAACAGCGUUUUUGCAGCUUUCAUCGACGGCUUCACCAGCAAUACAUAUGUAAUGGUAGAGAUGUCUGACCCAAAGAUACCAUCAGAGGCAACGCUCAUCAACAUUCGUAACGCAAGGAAACACUUUGAGAAACUAGAGAAGGUGUCAUCGAGUGCUCCCAGUCAGUACCAAUGAGGCAUGGACAUUGAAUUGAGCACAUUUGCCAGUUCCCUAGUGCUAGGUGCGGAGGAUCUCUUGCCGAAGCAAGAUACUCAUACGAAACCUGUAUAGUUAGAGGUUGCAUUUUUAUCUACAGUCGAAUUCCAUAGAAAUAAGAAAUUAUAACAAACAUUUCUAGACACUUUUAUCUUUAUAAGACAUUUAUCAUAGACUAAUGAAAAACAGAUGUUUUGUCAUUGAUUAAUACCGAAACUUUCCUUAAAAAAUCCAUAGACAAUAAAUGUCAUUGUCAGGGAGUGACGUGUGUGAAUAUAAUUUCUCAUUUCUAUAAAAUUCAA